AUGGGUCCAGCUCGUCUACCUGCCGAGCAUGUUGACGCUUCGCCGUUGGGCAAGCCGUUGCACUUCGAGUUUGCAGAUAAAACUGCGCCAAACAGGUUUAUGAAGGCGGCAAUGACAGAACGGCUUUCAACCUGGGACCCUAAAGAGCUUUCAAAACGAGGAAUUCCCACAGCGAACCUGAUCAAUGUGUACCGGAGAUGGGGCGAAGGUGCUCUGGGUAUGGUCUUGACCGGCAACAUCAUGAUCGACUACGAUCAAUUAGAAGCCGCAGGCAACCUCAUCAUCCCCCAAGAUGCUACAUUUGAAGGCGAGCGCUUUGAAGCGUUCAAAGAGCUCGCUGCACAAACAAAGAAACAUGGCAUGCUUUUUGUGGGUCAAGUCAGCCACCCAGGUCGACAGGUCGAGUCAAGGAUACAACCCAAUCCAGUUUCCGCCUCUGAUGUCCACCUGGAGGGUACUGUCAUGGGCAUGCAAUUCGCGAAGCCUCAUCCUGCCAGCCAGGAAGAAAUCAACAACAUCAUCGACGGCUUUACUCACGCGGCAGAAUUCCUCUACAAAGCCGGCUUUGACGGUAUCGAACUUCACGGCGCGCACGGCUACCUCCUGGCACAGUUCCUCUCGUCAACCACCAACAAGCGCACCGACAAGUACGGCGGCAGCCUCGCCAACCGCUCCCGCAUCAUCCUCGAGAUCGCCAAAUCCAUCCGCGCCAAACUCCCCACCUCCACCGGUUUCAUCCUCGGCAUCAAGCUGAACAGCGUCGAAUUCCAAGACGGCGGCUUCUCCGUCGAAGAGUGCCGCGAUCUCUGCUCCUCACUCGAGAACGAAGGCCAAUUCGACUUCGUCGAGCUCUCAGGCGGCACCUACCAAUCGCUGGCCUUCUCGCACCAGCGCGAAAGCACCAAGAAGCGCGAAGCCUUCUUCCUCGAAUUCGCCGACACCAUCACGCCCGCCCUCAGCAGGACACGCACCUACGUCACCGGCGGCCUGCGCACCGUGGCCGGGAUGGUCAAGGCGCUCGAAUCCGUCGACGGGGUCGGUCUCGCGCGCCCCGUCUGCCAGGAACCCUCCCUCGCCAAAUCCAUGCUCGAGGGCCGGGUCGACAGCGCGCUGGACCAGAAGAUCGACCAGCAGAACUUCGGGCUCACCAAUCUGGCGGCGGGCACGCAGAUGCGCCAGCUGGGCAAGGAUCAGCAGCCGAUCGAUCUGAGUCGCCAGGAGAACGUGGACGCCUUCUAUCGCGACAUGGAGGCCUGGAACAAGAAGAUGGCGGAGGAUGGUCCCCGGAUGAGUCUGUACGGGUACGUGGAUAUUGUGAGCCAGGAGGCCAGCCCCUAUGGGAGCUCGGCUGGGGCGGCGUAA